AUACAAAUUUCAGGAAGCAAUUGCUGGAAAAUGCAAUGUUGUCUGCACAUCAAAGGACGACAGGAAUCGUCAGCCAUCUAAAGAAGAGUUGAGAACGGCUAAUUACUUCUUCUGUCGUACAUUUGAUGUUGGAAAGUGUGAAAUAUUGGAGAUUUUUCCCGAUGAAAUAAGGGGACUUACAGUGGAGAGAUAUUUUAACAAGAGAAACAAUGAAAAGCUCCUCAGGAUUCCCAAGUUCCAGACAAAUUUGAAAGAUCCAGCUGGACAGUCAAUGGUGUCUUCCAAGUUAGGUUCGGCCAAGUUGAUGCCCUCUCCGGUUAAAAUUGACAAGUCUAGCAGCAGAAUAAACCCUGUAGUGAGAGAAUCGGAAGUGCCAACGGUUUGUAGUGGUGCGCGGGCAUAUGCUUCAAAUGAGACAUUAAGACUUCAACCUGGAUUUGAUGGAUUUGCAACUCAGUCUGCUAGAAUAUCACAUAAUCAAGAGAAAGAAAAACGCAAAACAAUAUUUUUAGAUCAACCACCUCAACCACCUAUGGCUGCAUCAGAUACCCGUCCUUCCAAGAAGAUGAGAGUUCCAGUUGGUGUAGAUUCAACUAAGGGGGAAAAUUCUGGAAAGAAGGCAGAUGUUGUAAGUUUAAGUGUUUUCAGCUGUAUUUUCUUCUCUUUCCUGAUUUUUUUUCGUGGAACUACUCAUUUUGUUUUAAACACAUACAAUUUGAUAUAUGCUUUUGAUUUUACUAAAUUUUCAUUUGUGGCUUCCUAUAUUCAGUUGUUUUAAACAUGUAACUGUAAAUGCAUGCCUCUGAAGUUAA